CGACAAUGAUAAUAAUGCCCAAAGUCCACAUCGAUGUUCUCCUCUCUCUCACAUCUUCUUCCUUCAACAUCAAACGGAGCACCAUUUUCAGACAACAUAAAUUUCAAAUUUUGGCACUCCAUUAUUUGAUCUAUAAAGUCUAAUCUUCAGGUUGAAUUGAAGCCAAAUUAUGCAGAAAUCAGGAAAGUCGGUAAUGGCAUGGAACGUUUUCAAGUUUUGUACAGCACUGCGUGCUCUUGGUUCCAUCAUGAUAGUAUUAGUGCUUGGCAUAAUUGGGGUUACAUAUUAUGUUAUUGUUGUAGCUAAUUAUGGUCCAGCUCUUUUUCAUGGUGGCCUGGAUUCUUUUGUCGCUUUCCUUGUCUUGGUUUUGUUCCAUUCCUUGCUGGUGAUGCUAUUAUGGAGCUACUUCACUACUGUUCUAACUGAUCCUGGUGGUGUCCCGCCAAAUUGGAGGCCAUCAAUAGACGAGGAGAGUGGUGAUGCUGAUCCAUUGGUGGGAUUAGGAUAUGAAGGCACAGAUUUAGGUUUAAAUCAACCGGCUACAUUCGGUGAGCCAGCUAAUCCACAACUACGAGUCUGUCGAAAAUGCAACCAGUGUAAACCUCCCCGUUGCCAUCACUGUUCUGUUUGUGGAAGGUGUAUAUUGAAAAUGGACCAUCAUUGUGUAUGGGUCGUGAAUUGUGUUGGGGCAUUGAACUACAAGUAUUUCCUUCUUUUCUUGUUUUACACGUUUCUCUUGACAACUCUUGUCACUUUAUCCUUAUUGAGGCUGUUUAUAGCAUUUUUCACUGAUGGUGUAAUAAAUGGAACACCGGGAACCCUUGUUGCCACUUUUGUCACAUUUGUUUUGAACUUAUCAUUUGCAUUGAGUAUUAUGGGCUUCCUGGUUAUGCACAUAUCGUUGGUAUUAGGCAAUACCACCACCAUUGAGGCAUUCGAGAAGAAAACCAAUCCUAAAUGGCGUUAUGACCUUGGUCGAAGGAAAAACUUUGAACAGGUGUUUGGGGUGGAUAAGAGAUGCUGGUUCAUCCCUGCUUAUUCAGAAGAGGAUUUGGAAUGCAUGCCAGUGCUUCGAGGUUUUGAAUAUCCAACAAGACCCGACUUGGAUGAGCUCCAGCAGCUCUAAUGGCACCUAUCAGUUUGAAUGGCAUCAAUCGUCUUAUAGUGCUUUGACAAUCUUAAAAAAAGGCUCACUCAAAGCGGAUCUGGGCGAGGAAGAAGAUAUAGGUAUAUUCAUGUAGAGGUGCGUCGAUUUUGAAAAAUACGUAGUGCUUGGAAGGUGUCUCUGUGCACGUUGUACUCUGGACUAGCCAGUCGAAAAAAUAACGUAGGACUAUUUUGGACUGCUAUAAAUUCUCUUGUUUUCCCAUGCUAAAUUAUUUACAAGCCCUUUUUCUCUA